CACGAACGAGCGGAUAAGCCCCUUGCACUCGCGGCUUCGCCAUGACCUCUACCACCACCGCCACCACUCUCCACCCGCAAUUCCGGCCACCGCCGCAUACGCGCGCACCCCGCCGGCUCCGCUCGUAUUCUCUCCCUUGCACUUCCUAUAGCGCCCGCACCCGCUUCUCCGUCCAUGCCGCCGCGGCGUCCACUUCCGCUCCGGCGCAGCGCGAGGCCGGCUCGAGUGUCCCAUGGGGCUGCGAGAUAGAAUCCCUCGAGAGCGCGGCAUCGCUAGAGCGGUGGCUCACCGCGUCGGGCCUCCCCGAGCAGCGGAUGGCCCUCCAGAGGGUGGACGUCGGCGAGCGCGGCCUCGUUGCCCUCACGAAUGUUCGCAAUGGAGAGAAGCUGCUCUUCGUGCCCCCAUCCCUCGUCAUCUCCGCCGAUUCGGAAUGGAGCAACCGUGAGGUGGGGGAUGUGAUGAAGAGUUACUCUGUGCCGGACUGGCCGCUUCUCGCCACCUAUCUUAUAAGCGAAGCCAGUUUGGAGGGCUCAUCGAGGUGGAGCAGCUAUAUUGACGCAUUGCCUAGGCAGCCUUACUCGCUUUUGUACUGGACUCGUACAGAGAUAGAUGCAUACUUGGUGGCUUCUCCAAUAAGGGAACGGGCAAUUUCGAGGAUCGGUGAUGUGAUUGGGACAUACAACGACCUUCGAGAUCGAAUAUUUUCUAAACAUCCAGAGUUGUUCCCUGAGGAGGUAUACAACAUGGAGAACUUUAGAUGGUCCUUUGGUAUUCUCUUCUCACGUCUGGUUCGUUUACCAUCAAUGGAUGGAAAGGUUGCACUAGUUCCUUGGGCAGAUAUGCUUAACCAUAACCCUGAGGUAGAUGCAUUCUUGGAUUUUGACAAGUCGUCGCAAGGAAUAGUCUUCACUACUGACCGUUCAUAUCAACCAGGUGAGCAGGUGUUUAUAUCCUAUGGGAAGAAAUCCAGUGGUGAGCUGUUGCUUUCAUAUGGUUUUGUCCCAAAAGAGGGAACAAACCCAAAUGAUUCAGUUGAGUUCUCGGUGUCUCUUAAUAAGUCUGAUGACUGCUACAGAGAGAAACUACAAGCGCUAAAGAGACACGGUUUGUCAGAGUCCGAAAGUUUCCCCUUGAGGGUCACAGGGUGGCCAGUUGAGCUGAUGGCUUAUGCCUUCCUCGUUGUCAGCCCUCCUGAUAUGAUUCAACGCUUUGAGGAGAUGGCUGUUGCUGCAUCCAAUAAAAGUUCGUCCAAGCCUGCAGUUAAUUAUCCUGAGCUGGACGAGCAGGCUCUUCAGUUUAUCUUGGACUGCUGCGAAUCGAAUAUAACAAAAUAUACCAAGUACCUAGAGGGUGCCAAGGGUUCUCCGCAAGUUUCCAUCAAUUCAAAGCAAGCAAACAGGACAUUGCUACUAAAACAGCUGGCAAGAGAUCUGUGCAUCAGUGAACGAAGAAUCCUGUAUCGUGCACAAUACAUACUGCGUAGGAGAUUGAGGGACAUGAGGGCCGGUGGUGAACUCAAAGCUCUGUCAUUAUUCAGCGGGCUCAGAAAGUUUUUCAAAUAAAUGGAUGUGAAAAUUUUUAGAGCACAUUGCUUGAUUUCGCGCGUAGCUUGUUCAGGUGUUUUGAUCUCGUCGCUGACGAGCUCAGGUGUUUGCCUGCCAAAUCAUAUUGCGACUAGAAUCUCCUCCGGAAUAAGCAACUGGAUACUAGAAAGGGAUUGCAGUUCAACAUAAAAUAGCUGUUACUCGUGAUACAUACAUGUAAUAUAGCGUGCUGCAACCCAUGUGUUUCAUUGGGCAUCUUGAGUUGAAUUGUUUAUCCAUGCGACAAACCAACAUUGUGGUGCUUGAAGACAAGUUCCAAAGAAAACAAUGUAGUGCUUUGUCUGUAAAGGAUGCGAGACAGCUUCAGAAGUUAGUGUGAGUUUUAUUUCUAUCUUUA